UGGGGGCGCGGUCCGGGCAAGCCUCCUUCGGGCCGAGACCCGGCGAAGCUGCCCGGCAGCUUCCGCUCGGGCUUGCGCUCAAGUCAGCCUAUGGCCCGUCCCGGUCCCCAACGCCGACGGGGUCUCGGGGUACAAACCGAGAGCGGUCUCCCCGGGCUGACUUCCACCCACGCCCUCAGAAGAAUCACGCCUCUGGCCUUGUCAGCUAGAAACCGACCCGCCCCGGCUUCUCCAGACCCCGCCUCAGAACCGCGCCCCACGCCCGCUCCACAGCAGCUCCUAUAGCACAAGGUCCCCGUACAAAAUGGCGGUUUGGCCUGAGGAACUACUAACCAUAGAGAUGCCCGCCUUCCGCGGAUAGAGCGGCGACCUCUGAAGGGACGCCCGCCCCCCCGCUCCCUGAAGAAGACGUGCCGGCGUCGUCUUCCGGCUGAGACGGGAAGAGCGGGCGCCUCCAAGGGCCCUUCUAGGAGAACAGCGAGCAGUCUCGGUGGUGCCGGGUCAUCCGAGCCGCGUCACGUGACUGGCGAAAGCCGUCGCCGAGACUGCGGGGAGUGGGGAGGAGAAAUGGGCGGGCGGCCGAGAGGGGGGAUCGUUUGAGACGCGACGACGACGACGACGAGGUUGUCAUGGAGCCGCGAGGCCGGGCUCGCGCAUGCGCCGCCGUACCCACGGGUCGUCCGCUUGUGGAGCUGCGACCCGGGUCCUAGGGCAGUCCAGAUGAAAAGAGUACUGAUGAGUCCCCUCGCUGCCCAAUAAAACAUGGAGAGGAAGAACCUGUCCAGAGAGGGCUCUCGAAGGCUGUCAGCCAAACCAAGCAAGGGCUCAGAGAUGAAAAAGGCGUCUCGUCAGCUCGGCCUGGCAGCCGCUGAGUCAGAUAAGGACUCUGGAUUUUCAGGAAUAGUUAUAUUGCAGUUACCCUGCAUUCCAGUAAUCACAUUGGAAAAAAAACUGCAUGUUGUCACCACAUAUAACAAAUUUAACAAAGAUGGGAGCUCAGAAUGCCUGAGCUCGGCCGAGCAGAUGGAGUCCGAGGACAUGCUGAGCGCCUUAGGCUGGAGCCGAGAGGACAGGCCAAGGCCAAGCUCCAAGCCCACGAGCGGAGCCUUCCCGACACUGUCCCCCAUGGUGGUCAUGAAGAAUGUGUUGGUCAAACAGGGCAGCAGCUCCUCCCAGCUCCAGUCGUGGACUGUCCAGCCCUCCUUUGAAGUGAUCUCUGCCCAGCCACAGCUCUUAUUCCUUCAUCCGCCUGUCCCGUCUCCUGUCAGCCCGGGUCACAUCAGUGAGAAAAAGUCGGACUCCAGGAACUACUUGCCCAUUCUCAAUUCUUACACCAAAAUAGCUCCUCACCCCGGCAAAAGGGGCCCUGCCCGCAGCGCAGAAGAACGAGAAGGCGGCAUGCAGAAGAAGGUCUGUACUGAGAGACUGGGCCCCGGCCUGUCUGCUCGUGAGCCAACCAAGACCGGUGCUGGCCCACCCCAGCCCCCGACCCCCGCGCCCCCCAGCGCCAAGCUUGCCGAGGACUCGGCUCUGCAGGGCGUGCCCUCCCUGGUGGCGGGUGGCAGUCCACAGACUCUGCAGCCAGUGUCCAGCAGCCAUGUGGCUAAAGCUCCCAGCCUGACCUUUGCCUCCCCCGCCAGCCCCGUCUGUGCGUCUGACAGUACCCUGCACGGGGUGGAGAGCAGCUCCCCGCUGUCCCCGCCGGCGGCCAGUUACAGCUCCGCUCUGUGGGCCGCCGAGCACUUCUGCCGCAGCCCAGAUAGCUUUCCAGAGCAGCGGCAGAGCAAGCACAGGCGCUUUCAGAAUACCCUGGUAGUCCUGCACAAAUCUGGUUUGCUGGAGAUCACUUUGAAAACCAAGGAGUUGAUUCGUCAGAACCAGGCAACUCAGGUGGAACUCGACCAGCUCAAGGAGCAGACCCGGCUGUUCAUAGAGGCCACUAAGAGCAGGGCUCCUCAGGCCUGGGCCAGGCUGCAGGCAUCUUUAUCGUCAGGGUCAAGUCAUACCGGCAGUGACCUGGAAGCAUUCUCUGAGCAGCCAGACAUAUAACAUCGAAGGCAUAUUCUCCUGUUACUUGAGUGCUUCUUUUUAACUCUUUUACUGUUACUACUCCUGUUUCCCAAAGCUUACAUAAGAUCUUUUCCUUUUAAACUCAGACUGUUCAAUGGUUCACUUACAAAGCCACACGCCAGGACCUGGCUGCUGUCUUAACCUGUGGUCUAUGCAGUUUACCUUUGUCUCUGUUCCCGCGAGGACCUCAGGUUUGGGUGCCCUUGAGUCCCUCUUCCUCAGCCUGCAGGCAGUUUGAUGGCUCACGGGGCAAAAUGUGAGAGGUGAUUGUGCGGGGCCCUGCUAGCUGUCACCUCCCGCCACCCCACUCACCAGCCGUGAUCGAGGGUGCAGUGACGCAGACGAGUGCACAGAGCAGCACCUGCCAAGUCAGGGAGCAGGUGACAUGAGGAACCCUUCAUGGAUCUUCCCUUGAAGGUUUUAGUCACAGACGAAAAUAUAAGAGCAGGGUGCUUGCCUUCCACAAGGCCCUGUGCCCUUUGGCAGAAACCCGAAAUGUUUUGGCACAGAUUGCUCUUCGGAUGCAAGCACUUAAUCACUUAAACCUUUGUUUUUUUAAACUUGAAAGUCAAAGAGAAAGAGUAGCACUGUUAACUCUUACACUUUAAUCAUAAGCCAGAUUUUUCUUAAACUGGUAGGCGAAAUACUUCAGAUUUGUAAAGUAUAGAAUGGAUUUAGGACCAUCUGGAGCUACAGUUGAUGAAUUGCAUUUUUGACUCAUAGAGUCUAAAGAAAGGAGAAAUGGCUAGCAUCUCUUGUUUAGGAGCUGGAAGAUUCUAGUAAUUUAUGCCUUUUCUUCCUCUCUUCUUUUGAAACAAUGCAACCUGUUUUAUAUGUUAAAAUCUUAAAGACAGCUUCAUGGUUUCCAAUUGUGUAAUCCAAGUCAGCCCCUGCUACCACUUUUUUUUCCCGCUUGUUUUUACAAAAGAAGAAAGAAAAUAUUAAGCUUGAUUAACUUUGAAUUAAAAUCAUUGCAAGGUUAUGACAUACAAGUCUACAAAAAAUUGGAAAACAUUCUUGUUACCCAUUUUCUUUCCACAUCCAGAGUUUUCAUUUGUCUGAUGUCACAGUGAUGUGGAGCAGUCUUCCGAGUUUCUUUUAUGCGUCGGAUGUUGGCAGUGAAGCCAGAGGUAUAGUGGGUUCUGUGAAGUAGAAGAGUAUUAUGAGGACUUGCAGGUUUUACACACUUUUCCGGCUUCAUUGUACACCAGAUUUCUAGGUUGUAAAGCUGCCAACUUCUUAUUCUCCCAUUUAAAAAUUUCAUUCUCUUGAAAAUCUUAAGAAAUCCUGUAUGACCAACUUCAUUUUUUCUGCAAGGAAAAUCGUCUUGAAGUUCUUCCAAGGCCAGAAGCUAAUGCUCAUAUUUACUAUGUAGUCAUAACUCUUCAUAUAGUUUUAAAAUUACAAGGCUUUGCAUUGCCUGCAUUUUGUUCUCAAACACAGUUUAGAAAUAAACAACCCGGUAAACUCUCUUAGACUCUGCUGAUCAACACAGAAUUAUUACCUGCCAUGUGCUUUCCAGAAGAGUUUCAGAAAUCGGAGCAAAUAGGUCCUUAAGCAGGCUCAGCUGCUUUUAAUAUUUUUUCUCUUGGCCCACUCCCUUUGCCUCCCCUCCAUCUGUGUGGUGCUACCGCAGCUCUGCUCUGCACACCAUGCUAGGAAGCUUCCUUUUUGGCAGAAUAUGUUUGGCAGCAAAGCCAUAGAAACAGGUGCAUUCAGAACAGCCUGGGCACCAGGCAUGAGUCUUACUGAGUCAAAAAUCUGAACACACUUGCUGAGAACCAAAUUGACGCCAUCGGAAAAGCCCCCUGUGGAGCCGUACGCGUCUUGGACUCGUCUUCCUAGAUGAAGGUGGCACUUCCCUCCUGUCAGGCACAGGACGCUGAAAGCCAUCACCAGUGCUCGUUGCUGAGUGGCAGGGAGAAGCAGCGCCCACCCUGGCUCCUCUCUGAUCUUGUAACUUGGUGCCGUGAGUCCCUCUAGGCUGUUGGCAUGGGUGUUCUUUCCCUAGUGGAGGAGUAAGCAGAUGAAGCCAGCUAGAGAAGCUGGUCCACCAAAGAGACAUCCACUGAGGCUAGCAGACCUGUGGGGCCAGAAGCCAGACAGACAAGUGGAAGAACCUCAGAGUUGACCGGAAGGACGUGCGUUGGUCUCACACGGCUGUAAGUAGUCACGGUCUUCCUGAUGCAUGACCUGAUCUCAUCUGAAGUUCUCUGGCAAAGCUGUUGUUUUCUGAGAGCCGUUCUUAACUCACACCAACCCUUAAGUUUUGGCAAGAUGGUGUUGGCAGUGUUGAAAGACAUCUAGAAAAACUCUGCUGAUUUAAUUGGUUAUGGGAAUGGAGUUUGGUGACAUUUGUAAUUUAUUACACUCUCCUUUUAUUGAUUAUGGUAUUGUCUGAGUUUGAUUCCUUUGGCAGAACAGUAACUCUCGUGCAUAUAUUGAAGUGUCUUUCCAGCUAUGAAUUCUUUACGGUAGAGGUUUCUUUACCAAAUGUGAAUUCUUUUGAGGAAGUAUGAAGUUUUGUAGAAAUUGACUGUGAAACGUCAGAGAAAAAUAAAAGUCACUUACUUGAAAACUA